AUGGUCCUGUCAAACCCCGAAAAGACGAUCCGCAAGAUUGACAUCGCUCAGGUGUCUCUCAACCUCCAGGACCGCCUCGGCCUUGCCAAAGUCAAGUACCAGCAUGGCCGGCUUCCCUCACACCAGAACGGUGGGCUGCAUAUCUCUUUUGGGUUGGAAAGCAGUGACAAACCCUCCGAUUCCUCCUCCGACAUCUCCACCAGCCGCUGCGAGACACCUCUGACCUCUCCCCUGCGAGCCUCGUCCUAUUCCUAUUCGAAGGAGCUCCCUCGCUCGUCCAGAAACAGACAUGCGGCCACCUUCAACUCGAGGGUGAUGCAGCCCAUGCUCUCUGCCAGUCGAAAGCGCAUCCGAGCCGACUCCGCUGCAGACCGUGACCGUCCGGCAAAGGUUUCUCGGGCGUCAUGGAAGAGUUCGUAUCAAUUGCCCGAGUCGUCUCCGGGCUUCCGUCGUCACACCAAUACUCGCCGCGGUCGAAACAACCUCCCGCUUAUUACGGAAACAGCUCCCAUUUCCGAGCUUUCCUCCCCGGGCCCAAGGUACCACGCUCAAUCGGACGAUGAGAACGACCCCGAUCUCCCUGUGCACAGCUUCCAAGUGAGCUCCGUUGUAGGCUCGUCACCUCCUCGUACACCGCCGCCAAAGCAUGCCUCGUUAUCACGAAAUGACCGCAAUCUCCGCCACGAAGACGGAGCAGAUCUCCUUCUGUACCUAGCCAACUCGCCAACCCCGGCCAGAGUAGCAACCAAACCCCAGCCGCAAGCAUUCCCUCCCUCGACGCCGCCUAGUCAACAUGCGGUCCUUCCAUCCAUGACACCGACACCAGGCGGCGGAAUGUUUCCCAACUUCGGCACGCCGAAUCAACAGUUCAACUUUGCGGACUUUGUCAACGUGACUCCCAGCCCAGCACAGCCUGCCUUUGGUGGUCGGACACCUGGUGGGCUCGCCCGGACACCACUGACGAGCAAAGACAUACGGAGACGGUCAAACCUGGACAACCUUCUGCCACCAGGAAUCGACAGCCCCAAGAUCCGCGAGAAGGGUCCAGGUGCUGUUUUGCAGCUGGGUGGCGAGCUGCGGCCGUGA